UGCUAUAGAGCAGUGCUUAUUCAACUGUGUGCAGCAAAUCAAAUUGCAUUCAGCAUAUCUACAUAGCAAUGUUGCUGACAAAUUAUUUACAAAUUAAAAUCAGUCCACUUCGUCACAUUUUUUAAUAAGCUGUCUUAGUCUUAGAUUGAAAGCCACGCUGAAGAGUUUGAAUUCCGGCAAUAUUCAACAUUCCUAACGCUUCAUACAAGCAUCUACAAAGUAUCAACCAAGCAUCAACAAACCUAAAUAAUCAUGAAUAAGUUGAUUCUGUUUGCAUUUCUCGCAACUUCAUGUUUAACUUUUGCUUACUGUGACAUAAUACGCGACACAUUAAAUGCUGGGUUUUACAUUGGACUGGCUGAACAUUUGCAGUCAAGAUAUUCUGAAGAACCAAAGAUUGCCAGCUGUAUCAUUAAAAAGUUCGAAGAUAAAGAGCUGGAAAAGAAAUUUGUGAGCUGGAAAUCAUUAACAAAUCCACAAGAAGCUAGCGAAGACGUUGAAAAUCAUAUUCAAGUUGCCGAAGUUUUUUGUCGAAUUGAAGACUUUUUUGUGUCACCGAUUGGAAUUGUUUGUGUUGCUUUUAUCAACAUUCUUGAAUCUGAAACAGAAUUCAUUUUCCCGCCAAAUCCAAUUUUUGAUCUUUUCCCAAAAUGUUCUCAUCAAUUUUCAUCACGUGCUGAAAUAGGGAUGAAGUCAAAUGCGAAAUACACAAAUAGCAUGGUCUUGUGGCGCAAUUGGAUAACGCGUCUGACUACGGAUCAGAAGAUUGCAGGUUCGAGUCCUGCCAAGAUCGAAGUGGAUUAA